GGGGAGUGUGUCGAGUUUCAGCGAGCACGAGAGCGUCCCAGCACUGGCAAGUCAGUUAGUUAGUCUGCAAGAGACUCAGAGCGCGACAGACAGUCCCGUGGAGCAGAGAGCUCGGCAAAUGGCAGAGUGGAGGCACGCACCGAUUUAGUAGAACGUUGGACUUCUCAACAGGACUUAGCCGCAUGAAUUUUCCUGAAGUACAAAUCAGCAUGUCUUGUUUCAUAUUGCGACGGAAUUCUAAAUUCUAAAGUUCAUCAGGUGGUUACGCGCAGAAGACAGCUGCUGUUUGUCCUGCGCAACCUCCUCACAAAAAAGUUAAAUUAGAUUUGGUGUUCUCUCCUUGGUUGGUUGUUCAUCUGCAAUUGAUCUCUGGAUGCCCGUUGGAAUUUUCUUUUGGAUGCAAUUUUAAUUGAGUCGGUUUGAACAUGGAAGAGAGUCAAAAGUGGAAAGUUUCGCCUCCGUCCGCCACGGAGAGGACUUGUAGCGAGCAUCCUUGCAAAAAGCGCUUUUGGGGAAAUUGGCAGGACCUUUCUGGUCUCACAGUUUGCGUCGCGUUGACUUUGAUAAGUUUGGGAUUUUGCACUCUGAUUUACCUGAAGACCUCGGAACUACAGUCCAGGAUCCACAGUUUGGAAAGCCAGAGAGACGCGAAGCUUUCGGGUUGGAUCUCUCUGGAACAGGUGGAGCCCGUUAUUCUAAGUCGACUAGAUCAGAUUUUGGAAGAGAAGCUCGCUGCUCGUCUGCCCAAGACACGCCAGACCAGGGACGUCUCGCACAGCUGCCUCUGCCCACCAGGACCUCCAGGUCCACCCGGGCGCGCUGGCUUUCCGGGGUUACAGGGACGUACGGGGGACAAGGGGGCGCCAGGAGAGCCUGGUCUGUCUAUCAUUGGCCCACGUGGACCUCCUGGACAGCCGGGGACAAGAGGAUUCCCAGGUUUUCCGGGUCCGAUUGGCCUUGACGGGAAACCAGGCCAGAACGGACUCAAGGGCGAUACGGGUCCUCGUGGUCCAAAGGGAUUGCCGGGCGAGCCUGGGCCUAAAGGCGAAAAGGGAUUAUGUGGAGAGUACACUCACCGGAAGCGUCGGAUCGUCCAGAAUUGUGCGGGAGGCCAGGCUAGCCAGGGCGAGCCCGGAGCUCAGGGCCCCCCAGGACCACCAGGGCCCCCAGGCCUCCCAGGGACACCAGGCCUCAACGGACCCAGUGGCCCGCCGGGCAAGCCAGGUGAGCCAGGCAAACCAGGAAAGGACUCCAAGAUGCUGCCAGGAAUGAAGGGGGAGCCGGGUGUACCAGGGCAAAAGGGUGACCGGGGAGACGUUGGGCUCGUAGGACCUGAAGGCCCCAAGGGCCUGAAGGGAGACCAUGGAGAAAAGGGGGACAAAGGUGAUAAGGGCGAGGGCAGUGCGGCAGGAACCGGCAUCAAAGGAGAACCAGGAAGCCCAGGUCUAGUUGGACCAGCCGGACCCAAGGGUGAUAAAGGUGAUCAGGGAAUCAAGGGCGACGUAGGCACAGAAGGACCUGCUGGACCAAGGGGUCCACAGGGGCCAGCAGGAGAACCAGGCAAAGCCGAAAUCAACAACAACGAAAAUGAUAUCCGGAAUGUCCCACUAAUGGGUCCCCCUGGUUUACCUGGCCCCUCAGGGCCUCCUGGCAAUCCCGGAAUGAAGGGUGACAUUGGGUUACCAGGACCUCCAGGACAUGACGGCGAGAAGGGUCCCCGAGGGAAACCAGGAGACCAGGGUGCUGCAGGUCCCCCAGGGCCAGAAGGGCCCAGAGGAGAGGGGGGGCUGAUGGGGUACCCCGGGCCCAAGGGGGACAAGGGGGACAUGGGCCCGUCAGGAUCACCUGGCCAGAAAGGAGAUGCGGGAGAGAAAGGUGGAGCAUCUGAAAUGGUAUAUGGGCCCCCAGGACCUCCCGGGGCUCAAGGGCCAGUUGGCCCCAUGGGGCCUCAAGGGCAUUCGGGCCCAAAGGGGGAGCCAGGCAUUGGGAUGCGUGGGGAGAAGGGAGCUACAGGCCAGAAGGGUGACAAGGGGGACAGGGGUCAUCUGGGCCUACCUGGUCUUAUUGGACCAGCGGGAGUUCCGGGACCAGCAGGACCAAAGGGUGAAAGGGGGGACAAAGGAGACAUGGGAGUAGCAGGACCAAUUGGGCCUCAAGGCAUCCCUGGUUUAGUUGGACCAGCGGGACCGAAAGGCACACGGGGGGAGAGGGGCAAGAGAGGCAACAGGGGGGCCAAAGGGGAUAAGGGAGACCAAGGAGCCCCAGGAUUAGAUGCCCCGUGCCCGUUGGGUGAGGACGGUCUGCCUGUACCAGGCUGUUGGAAUAAAGGCCAGAACCCCUUCCAGUUGGCUAAGAAGUAACCGGGGGCUGGCAGCUGCGCUUUGAGGCUGGGUCAUCUGCACAACAGAAAAAAAAAAUCUGCAACAGGAAACUUGAGGAGGAUUUUAUUUCGGGGAGAAUCAUUGAGUUUCGGAUUGGCCAGCCACUGUGGUUGUGAGGCCACUGGACUUCCCAGCAGACUGAGUGAUGAUAACUCUUGCAAUACUGGCUGGCACCACCGGGUGGCAAUGUUGACUGGCUUUUCUUUUUUUCUUUUUACAAGGAUUUGACCUAUGACCUUUAUGUUCUCUAGUAAAGGCUUCAUUGACAUUAACAGGAGAGGGAAAACAACAUUGAAAAACGCAAGAUGCAAAUCAUAUUUUGUAUGUUUUAGUCUUUAUUUUUGACUUCCUGAUGUUGUUCACUAUGUGAAAGACUUUUUUUUAUCAAGUAUUUAAAGACAAACAUCCACUUCAUUUUAUUAUUUUCAAUCGCGCAAUGCCAGCUAAUGUGAUCCUAGCAUUCAGUGCAGCUCACAACACCGACCUGAUACAGUAAGUCCCACAUGUCUGGCGGUGGUCCACUGUGGGCUGCCGACUGAUGUGUGCCAGAUAGGGGCCAGAUGUGGGCCGCAGUCAGGGACAAGGCCACUUCAGUGCUGCCUACACUACACAUCAGGGGGUCGUGACCAGUGGCUACAUUAGAUAAGCUGCCGUUUGUGUAAGAGUAAGAAGACUUGAGUAAGAAGACCUAGGUACUGUCAAAACAGUCAAUACCUUCUCAAUGUUUCAAUAUGAUUAUUACAGUAGUGUUGCCACCUGUGAUUUCCCCAGAUUGGCCCAGUUUUUAAUGGUCUGUCCUGGGAGGAAAAUGUUUUCCCUGGACGCUGAAUGGAGGAUGGCAUUGCUUACGAGCAAAAAGAUCAAUUGAGUUUGAAAUGUUAUGUUUUUUAGUCAGUCAGAGGUGGCAACCCAACCCUACUUAUUAUAAUGCUGCAUCACAGGGAGCUCAGUUCCUGUUGCCUGGCUGCAUUGAGGAGGUGAGAUGAGGAGGGUAGGAGGGAGGGAGCUGAGCUCCAAAGAUCCUCACAGCCCAAUUCAAACUCUGGUCCCGACCCUCACCCCCACCUCCCUGUAUUGUAACCACCAUAGACACCAAAUGGCCUUCCUCUCACAUGAUUCCUGAUGUCAGACUUUCACUGCCCUCUGCUAGUCAGGGUCCAACAGGACGGGGUGAACCAUCAAACAUACGUAUCUAUUGUAUACAGGGCCCCUGGCAGCUUUUGCUGGGCCCAGGACGAAAUAAUCUGAAAGGGGGACUCCCUCUCAAUAUACUGUACUGUACACAAUGCAAUGCAUACCCAAUUCUGGGCCCACCCUCUCCCAGGGCCCAGGGAAACUGACCCAUUCGUCCCCUCACUAUCGGUGGGCCUGACUGUAUAUAUAUGUAUAUACAUGUCUAUGCACUGCACCAUGAAGUCCUGAGGGGGAGGAAGCAGACAACAAUGAAGAUCGAGUCUAAACUGUAUGUUGAAAAGGCAAAGCUCAGGAGAGUCGCGGGCGCUGUGAAGGUAAAGCUCUCAAAUUGUAAAUUGACCAGCCAGCCGGCUAGUUGUCAAACAUCUAUAAUCAGUUCUGCCAAGUUUAAGGAGAAAACAACUGUUUUGGAGUUGUUUUGUAUCAAUGGCCAGUUGUUCCACGUUGGCCUGGUUCAUUCAUGUUGUUCACCACCAGGUUCCCCCAAGCCAGGACCCUGACUAACAGACACAAAUUCAUGUAGCAUUUUAUUUAUUUUAUCAGAUUGAAGAUUGUUGGCAUUGCAACACACAAGUGUUAUAGAACUUCUUGAGAAUUUUAGCUUAUGAUUCUGCUGUAGCACUACCACAUAUUGACUGUAUGCUAAUGCUUGUGAUCUCGUAUACACAUUAGAUAUACACAGACAGACAGCUUCCAAGAAACCCAUAUCAUAUCUGUGCAGGCUGCAAUUUUUUUGUUUAGUGUGCAUUUUUUAAUGAUUAUUCACAAUAGUGGUUGUUCACCACCAACUGGUUGUUCUCAGUUGGGACGCGUGCAAAUCGUUCAGUAAGGUGGUUUUGACCUUCAGAGAGCGGAAGUGUACAGCCAAACUGCCAUUUUGUGUCUGAACAGUUUCUCAGUUUCCCUCCAAGCAUUGCAUUUUACCUUUGCCUGUCUGUCAGACACCGCAACAGGAAGACUAGAACUCGUGAAGAGUCAAGGUUGGGCAGCUAGUGUGUGUUUGUUGGAGUUAGAGUUGUUGUCUACUUUUGUGAGGACAUUUUCGUCUCAUUUUAUUUCACAGUCAUCCAUUUGCUAAGUUGAUGUUUGUUUGUUUUUUUUCUUCUUUUUCAUUGUUUGUUUUCUUCUUUUUCAUCUUCUACUUCUCCGUGUUACCAAUUUUCAUUUAUACUUUGUACAUCAGUGACAUGGUCACAGGAGGACAUUGAGUUCCUGCUAGUUGUCUGAAUGUGACUUUGAGGAUAGGAGGCAUUUGGCCUCUCCGUGCUGUGUGGUUUGGAGUUGGAACAGCUGAGAACGUAGCAAUACGGCUAGCCAGGCUAAAUAUACCCCUCCACAUACUAAGCUUCCGCCUGUCGACUCGCCACAGACGGCACUGGCUCUCACACCCAGCAUUCAACUUCAAAAUGAGAUCAUUGACACCUGGUGUGAAGGUUAAGCUGAACAAGAAAUGUGUGGGUAGUUUGUGACCAUUGAUCAAAGCAAAACCUUUCAUUUUACAGUCAGUCAAGCAACAGAGCAUCCCAACACAAGCCUGAUAAAUCAGCCUGUUUCAUUUCACAAGAAAGUUACAGGAAUGAAAUGAAACUGCACAGGGUGGUGCCAGCCUUUGUCGACAUCACUUUGCUGCUGAUUUUUUUUGUGUGUGUUCCUAUAGGCAGGCAGGUACGUAGCGCCAACAUAUGGGCCCUAUGCACCCAUCUCCAAUGGACCCCGACCCCCCACCCCCAGCUCCAAUGGAACCCCCAUUUAUACGUAUGAUGUGUGGGGCCCUGAUGUGUGUGGGGCCCUGAUGUGUGUGGGGUCCUGUUGACUCAGUCCAGUUUUACCCGCUAUUUUCACACCCCUGCCUUUGGCAAAGGUGAUUCUAGAGCAAGUUGGGGCUCCAAGCGAAAAUUCAAAUAAGGAACAUUUGCAACAAAUCACCACUACUAUAGUUAAGAUUCUUAGCUGUUAUUUACCAUCUAUUGACUUUGGGGCCCCAAGCAGUUGCCUGCCUAGCCUGGUGACAAGACCCGCCUCUGCCUUAAGGAACCCAUAACCACCUGUGUGCUGUAUUUCACUAGCUCAGCUGAAUUCCAAAUCUGCAACCAAGUACCUACCUGCAGCUCCGGAGAGGCAUUUAAUCACUCUUUUACACGAAUUUGCAGAUUUUCUCACAUUUAUUUUACAAUUUGUUCUACCAGAUUUUUUCAUCUUUUCUGUUCAUUUGUAGAUAUUUUUUUCUCUGAAAGCGUAAUGCGCAGAAGCAUUCCUGUUGUCGUAACGACGCCUGUCUUCCAACCUGCUCAGAACUUAACCAACAUGCACAUUUAUUUGACCUUUAACCUUUUUUGAUAUACCUUGACUGAAAAUAAUGUAAAUAACGCCACAUUGCUAUUCACUAUUGUACAGAAAAACAGAAAACACACAAACACGCGCACACGCAUACACACGCACACGCACACGCAUGCACAUGCAUGCACACAGGCACACGCACACACACAAUGGCAUCCCCCAUUUCAAAAUAGUUUGACAAUUUUUCUCGGGCAUUCACUUAGCCACCCUAAAACAUGUUUGACAUUCUCGAGGGGAAAGCUGUAAUUAACAAGCAUGCUGUUAGACACCACCAAAGUGUGAAUGAAGAUAGGAAUGUUAUAGGGAUAUAAUGUUGUGUUGGUAUUAUUCAUAUUUUGCUUAUUGUUGUAUGAUUUCAAUGGAAUGAUUGAUGUCCUUUGGCCAUUUUACACGCUUAGUUACAGUAGAGGCUAUGACGGGUCCUCGAUAGCAGCAGUCUCUGUGCUCACACAGAGCUGAACUGACACUAAGCAGUUAGAGACAGUCAGUCACCACGACAGUUUUUCAACCAUGUAUUGGGAUUUCAUUGACUAAAGGUGUAACAUUGUUGCACCUGUUUCUGUGUUGAUUGGGUUAACCUUCUAACAAAUCAAGGCAUGAAUGCAUUUGAAUUGACUAAAGCUUUAGGUCUGCUUUAUUUGAAUAGAAGAUACUUUGCACAUAUUUGGCAAUACAGUAUAUCACAAUUUAAUCACUUCUCUUUGAGCAAAGGUGUAUAUUUUUAAGGCCUACAUGUUUAUAUACUACUGUUCCUUUCUCAAGAGCAUGCAUCAUGCACUUGUUCAGUGCUUUAGUACCUUUGGUGCACACUGUGCUCUUUAUAUAAUGUCUUUCUAACUAUGAGAGGUUUGAUUUCAAUUCAUUGUAUUUCCUGUCAGGAGAAGGAUGCUGCCUAGAACAAAUGAUGAUGCAAUUCUGUUGGUAUGAGCAACAAACAUGCAACAUUUUGAAGCAAAAAGAAUCAAAUCGGAUGUAAGGGAACAUAAACUCUAUCAUCUGCAGACUUAUUCAGAUUUGCAUCAUUAUUUCUGGCAGGAGCAUAUUUAGUUUUCACAGCAAUUCGGAACUAUUUUUUUUUUUAUAUGAUUGGAGAUUGCCAAUUUUUUGAAAGCAUGUAAACAUCAAAAACAUAUUUUUGUUUGUUUUCUUUUUUCUUCAUUUGGUUGCAAUCACAGGCCUGGUAAAAGUGUAAAUAGUUUGUUGUGUAGGUAGCCUACAUGUGGCGUAUAUAUUGUAUCCUGAUCCAUAUUUUUAUUGGGCAUGGGAAUGGAAAUCAGAUACUACACACUAUAACAAUCAAAAGUUCCCCCAAAUAACCUUCCCUUUGCCACUGUGAAGGAACCCCUAAAGGUUCUCAGUGGAACCUUACAGGUUCUAAAAGUUCUCUGAAGAGACUAACAUUUCUCAGAGGAACAUGUAUGUGACAAAUUGGUUCUCGGAAUAACCAUGAUGUGUUCUCGAAGGUUCCUCAGAGAGAACCCACCAGGAACCAAAAAGGUAAAAAACUUCUUCAAGACCUCUUAGGGUUCCUGAAAGAACAUUUAGGGUUCCCCCACGAUCCAAUUGAAGGUUUUUUGCGGAACCUUUGAAUGUUUCCAUGUGUAGGAUGGAUGGUGCUGGUGUUUUAGAGCUGUGUACAUGUUGAUAUUGAUGAGGAAACGUAACAGUGCACUGGUAUUCAGCAAGCAGUGGCUGUGCAGUUGAAUCUGAAUCUGAGUUGAAACCGAACUGUUGUUUAAUAAUAAUGAACUUUGAUGCCAGUAUGCUUUAUGCAUUCAAGGUGUUUCCUGAAAGAUCACCAUAGUUUUCACUUUUUUUCAGUUUAUGUUUUUUUUUUCAAGUGGCAUUUGGGAUGGCAAACUCACUGUAUUUCACAACAGAGUAACAUUGUAAUUAAUUUAAAUGGGCAAUCUGUAGUUUUUACUAAAAACUAAAAGAAGCUUUCUGACCAGUACAUAUGUAAAUCUAUGGCAUGACACAAGAUGUCAUGUGUUCUUGUUUUGGUUUGCUUAUUUUUUUAUUUGGUGACAUUUAUGUUGCAAUAUGUUCUUGUAAAUAUCAUGAGAAAUAUCAAAAUCUGAAGAGUGCAAUCAGGCAUACAUGUCAAGAAACCCAAUUUACCAUUUUUCGAAAUGCAUUAACACAGAUCCGAACACUUUUUUCCUCUUUUCACAACAAAAAGCUACACAUUUGCCCUUUAAAUGUAAAGUAUGUGAUGUACUGUAUGUGUUAUUUAGAGUUAAGGUGUAUUAUAUUUAAAAUGAACCAUGUUUGUGAUAUUUUCUAUUGUCAUACUUUUCAGACCAGUGAAAACCCUGUACCUGAAAAAGAUUUUGAGGGCAUUUAUUUCAAUUUUGAUUUACUUCAAUGAUGUUGUGUUUUUUGUAAUUGAUUGACUGAUAUACUGCAUGCAUCUUCCAGGUCACAUGCACCAUGUAUACAUAGAGCAGACAGCAACCUCUGGCUUCUGCGUUUGUACUGAAGAGUAGCUAGACUAUGGGACUGACUCAUUCAACAUCUCACAAUACAGGUCAUGUUGCCACAGAGAACUUGAAUGUAUCUCUCCAUAUGGAAAUUUGAAACUUAGAAAUGUAAAGCUUCAUUUCUUUUGAUUUAAUGCGAUGAUCAACAAUUGUAUCAACAUCACAAAGAUUAA